CUCGCUCAAAGAAGCGGUGUGGCUGCAGAGAGACGCUCGUAUGCUUCCCUCACAGGCACUUUAAACAGGAUGUAGCGACCGAGCUAGACCACGGAAAGAAAAAAGCGAAAGAAAAAAAAAGAGCGGGUUAAGCACUGCGAUGUGACACACGCCAGAGAGACAGCGAUGACCGCCACGGCACAGGAGAAAAAGAGGACAGGAGUCCAGAUGAGGCACCUCACCCCCGGCAGGUCUUGACGGCUGCUCCCGCUGACCGGAGACCCCCACCUCCACCGCCACGGCCGCAGCAGCAGUGCACGGUUUACGCACACUGGAAACACAACAUUACCCGAAAUAUUUCACCCGUGAACCUUGAAAGCAGCAAUGGGGAGCCAGGGAGACUGCUGUGUGAAGGUUGCGUUGAGGAUUCGCCCUCAGAUGGCCAAAGAGAAGAUAGAAGGCUGCCACGUGUGCACGUUGGUCACACCCGGAGAGCCUCAAGUCCUCCUGGGAAAGGACAAGGCCUUCACCUAUGACUUUGUGUUCGACGUUGACUCAGAGCAGCCCCACAUCUACCAGAACUGCGUGUACAAGCUCAUCGAGGGCUGCUUCGAGGGCUACAACGCCACCGUGUUCGCUUACGGUCAGACGGGCUCAGGGAAGACGUACACCAUGGGGACGGGUUUCGAUGUAAGCCUGAGCCCACAGGAGCAGGGCAUAAUCCCGCGGGCUGUUCAUCAGCUGUUUGAGGGAAUUCAGGCCAGGAGGAUGCGCGCCCAGGAGGCCGGCACCCAGCCACCGGACUUUAAAGUCAGCGCCCAGUUCCUGGAGCUGUACAAUGAAGAGAUCUUGGACUUGUUCGAUGGAACCAGAGAUCCAGAGAGUCGCGGCAGGAAGUCCGCCAUAAAGAUCCACGAGGACGCCAGUGGCAGCAUCUACACCACGGGAGUCACUUCCAGAUUGGUGCACUCAGAGGACGAGCUGCUGCAGUGCCUGAAACUCGGCGCUCUGUCCCGCACCACUGCCAGCACUCAGAUGAACGCCCAGAGCUCCCGCUCGCACGCCAUCUUCACCAUCCACCUCUGUCAGAUGCGAGUCUGUCAGCAGCAAAUGCAGAACGGUGGAGAAGGGCAGAAUGGAGAGCUGAACGGUGGUGUGGAGUCUGGCCCGAUCUCCCAGCCUGAGUAUGAGACACUGAUGGCCAAGUUUCACUUCGUGGACCUGGCUGGCUCCGAGAGGCUGAAACGCACAGGCGCUACAGGAGACAGAGCCCGCGAGGGAAUCUCUAUUAAUUGUGGACUUCUGGCUCUGGGAAAUGUGAUCAGUGCUUUAGGCGAUCAGACCAAGAAGGGCGGACACGUCCCAUACCGAGACUCCAAACUUACCCGACUGCUUCAGGACUCGCUGGGAGGGAACAGUCGUACGGUCAUGAUCGCCUGCGUCAGCCCGUCAGACCGGGACUUCAUGGAGACGCUGAACACGCUGAAGUACGCCAAUCGCGCCCGAAACAUCAAGAACAAGGUGAUGGUGAACCAAGACAAGACGAGCCAGCAGAUCAGCGCCCUGCGCGCCGAGAUAGCCCGACUUCAGAUGGAGCUGAUGGAGUACAAGGCGGGGAAGCGUGUAGCCUGCGAGGAAGGGUCAGAGGGCUACAGUGACCUGUACCAGGAGAACGCCAUGUUGCAGAGAGAAAAUGACACCCUGCGUCUCAGGGUGAAAGCAAUGCAGGAGACCAUCGACCACCUCAACUCGCGCGUAACGCAUCUGCUGGCCAAUGAGGUCAGCACUCUGCUCGCCAAGUCAAGCGAGGGCAACGAGGAGAUCGGGACUCUAAUACAGAACUAUAUCCGAGAGGUUGAAGAACUCAGAACCAAACUUCUCGAGAGCGAGUCCAUGAACGAGUCGUUACGGCGACAAGUGGGCCGGCUCUCCUCCCGUUCCCCGUUCCCCACCUCCACUCUCAGCCCCGCCCCCGGUCACCCCCCGGGUUCUUCGCCUGCUCCCAUGUCUAUGGAGGCGGAGAUGACGGACGUGCUACGCCGGGCCAAGCUGGAUAUCGAGAGACUGAAGAAGAAAGAGAGGAGGCAGAGGAGGAUGAGCCCAGAGUUGGAGAAAGGUCUGAAGAAACGAGUAAAGCUGCACACUCAGGAGAACGGCGAGAACAGGCAGGGCGGGGAGAACGGGCAGAACGGAGAGAUCGAUUCAGAUGAGAAUUACACCGAGGACAUCAUGUCUCCACUGCAGGAGGAGAGUGGCUGUGAUGACGACGAGGGGGAGGACGAAGAGGAGGGUAGGGAGGAAGAGGAUGACUUUGACAGUGAUGAGAGCCUGGUGGAUUCGGACUCAGACUCGGAUGAGAAAGCCAACUUCCAGGCGGACCUGGCAGACCUGACCUGCGAGAUUGAGAUCAAGCAGAAGCUGAUAGAUGAGCUGGAGAACAGCCAGCGGAGGUUGCUGAUGCUAAAGCUGCAGUACGAGGAGAAGCUCAUCCUGCUGCAAAACAAGAUCAGAGACACGCAGCUGGAGAGAGAUCGCGUGCUACAGAACCUCAUGACCAUGGAGAACUACACGGAGGAGAAGGCCAACCGGAUCAAGCAGGAGUACGAAAAACGCCUCAAGGAGAUGAAUCGCGACCUGCUUAAGCUACAGACGGCACAGAAGGAGCACGCACGCCUCCUCAAGAACCAGGGGAGGUACGAACGGGAGCUGAAGAAGCUCCAGGGCGAGGUCAACGAGAUGAAGAAGGCCAAGGUGGCGCUGAUGAAGCAGAUGAAGGAGGAGCAGCAGAGGAGGAGGAUGGUAGAGGCGAAGAGAAACCGUGAGAUAGCCCAGCUAAAGAAGGAGCAGCGCCGGCAAGAGUACCAGAUUCGUGCGCUGGAGUCUCAGAAGCGGCAGCAGGAGCUGGUGCUGCGCAGGAAGACUCAGGAGGUGACCGCCCUGCGGCGCCUGGCCAAACCUAUGUCAGAUCGAGUGGCUGGACGAGUGGCCCGCUGGAACCAGACUCCCCCGGUUACGGACUCUGGAGCUGAGUUAUCAGCGAGCACCACGGCAAGCAGCUCUGAGCCCGAGACUGCGAGGACCGUAAGCGGACUGGUGCGGCAGUGGAACAACAAGAACAGCGUGUACGGAUAUCUGGGAGAGAGCGAAGGCAGCAUGGACGGAACACGCGUCAUUGGCAGUAGAAAGAAGUUGCAGCGUAAGCCAGCCGGCCUGGGCAACAGUGGAGCUGCAGGCAGAACCAGCAGCAUUUCAAAGUCUGCACGUCAAAAGUGGCAAGCUCUCGAGCGUCGAAUCACGGACAUCGUCAUGCAGAGAAUGACCAUUGCAAACAUGGAAGCUGACAUGGAUCGCCUUAUCAAGAAGCGAGAAGAGCUGACGGCCCAGCAGGAAGCGCUCUCGCAUAAGAGAGAGGUGCUGAUGGCGGACGGGGAGGGGCCGGAAGCUGAGGACCGCCUCCUUCAGGAAAUUAACGAGGAUAUUGAGGUGCUGAACGCCAAUAUAGACUACAUCAACGACAGCCUGUCUGACUGCCAGGCCACCAUUGUACAGAUAGAGGAGACCAAGGAUGAGCUGGACUCAGUGGACACCUCAGUGGUGAUCAGUUCAUGCUCCUUGUCUGAAGCGCGCCACCUGCUGGAUCACUUCCUUAAGGCUUCCAUAGACAAGAGUUUGCAGGUGGCUCAGAAGGAGGCUCAAAUCAGACUGCUCGAAGGCCAGCUGAGACAGACAGAUGUGAUUGGCUCGUCCCACAAUCACAUGAUCCUCGAUGCCCUACGAGAAAAGGCCGAGUGCAUCCCCGAGCUCCAGGCUCUCAUCCACAACGUACAGCAGGAGAAUGGUUAUGCGAGCACAGAUGAAGAGCCCUCUGAAUUCAGCCAAGCCUCCGACAGCAGUGUGUGUCAGAUGAAAGAAUCAAACAGCCAAGAUGACUUCAAAACAAAAUUACAGCAGAUGGAGCCCCGUCUCUCAGCUCAGAUGAAGGCGGUGUCAGCAGAGUACCUCGGUCCAAUCCUGGACCCCUCAUCCGGCAGCAAAACGCAGCACAUCACCAAGUCUCUGGCUUCACUGACGGACAUCCAGGAGGACGGCCUGAGUCUUGCUCCAGGGAGCCUUGGGCUCAGCCUGGCAUUAAGAGACACGUAUCACAGGGACCGGGUAUCCCGCACCAUCAGCUUGCCUGUGAGGGGUCACACCUUUCCCAGGCAGUCUCGGGGCUAUGACACUUCCCCCCUAACCAGAAGGAAAUCUUACGACCGUGCGUACAGGCCGACUGAUGGCUACACUCCCCCCUCCUCCCCUCCUCUGAGGACCAGGAACGACCGCAACGUCUUCUCAAGGCUCACCAGCAACCAAACCCAAGGUUCUGCUCUGGACAAGUCGGAUGACAGCGACUCCUCGCUCUCAGAGGUGCUCAGGGGUGUGAUCAGUCCCAUCGGGGGUGUGAAGGGGGGUCGAACUGCACCCCUGCAAUGUGUUUCUGUAGCCGAGGGCCACUCAAAGCCAGUGCUGUGUGUGGACGCUACAGAUGAGCUGCUCUUCACUGGAUCUAAAGAUCGCACCUGCAAGAUGUGGAACCUGGUAACGGGUCAGGAGAUCGUCACCCUCAAAGGCCACCCAAACAAUGUCGUGUCUGUCAAAUACUGCCCUUCCUCCUGUCUGGUGUUCUCUGUGUCCACCUCCUACAUCAAGGUGUGGGACAUCCGCGACGCGGCCAAGUGCGUCCGGACCCUCACCUCCUCAGGGCAGGUGGUUUCAGGUGAUGCAUGCGCCGGCACCACCACCCGCACAAUUACCUUUGCUCAGGGCGAGUGUCAGAUCAACCAGAUAGCUCUCAACCCGUCAGGAUCAGUGCUCUAUGCUGCUGCUGGAAACACUGUUCGCAUCUGGGACCUCAAUAGGAUGCAAGCGAUGGGGAAGCUGACAGGCCACAUCGGCUCUGUCAUGUGUCUCACUGUGGGGCAGUCUCUGCUGGGCAAAGAUCAAGUAAUCACUGGCUCCAAAGAUCAUUACGUCAAGGUGUUUGACGUGGCAGAGGGAACUCUGGGAAACGUAGGUCCAGCUCAUAACUUUGAGCCUCCACAUUAUGACGGCAUCGAGUGUUUGGCCGUGCAGGGAGACGUGCUGUUCAGUGGAUCGAGAGACAACGGCAUCAAGAAAUGGGAACUGGAGCAACAGGAGCUCACACAGCAAAUCCCAAACGCCCACAAGGACUGGGUGUGUGCUCUUGCAUACGUACCAGGAAGGCCCAUGCUGCUGAGCGGCUGCCGCGGCGGCAUGCUGAAAGUGUGGAACGUCGACAACUUCACUCCCAUUGGAGAGAUCAGAGGUCACGAGAGCCCCAUUAAUGCCAUAUGUACCAACUCAAGACAGAUCUUUACUGCUUCCAGUGACUGCAGGGUGAAGCUGUGGAACUAUGUGCCAGGCUUGACCCCGUGUCUUCCUCGACGGGUCCUGGCCAUCAAGGGCCGAGCCACCAGCCUCCCAUGAUUGCCUGUUCUCUGCUCACCAAUCCUUCCCUCCUCUGCGACAAGACGGUGAAGAUCUGGCUGUCAAAGGUGUGGAGGAAGAGGUGAGAACCGGCGGGACGGCGGUUCCUUUGUCAGCCAUUUUUCCACAACUUGAGCCACUGAUCUGUGAUCUGCUUGCUUCUACCACAGAAAUGUGACACUGAAAUCACAGUUUCCAAGGCGAUCGUAGUGUCUUUUUUUGUCCUUCUUUGUCACAAAGCAACACGACAAAGCCGAGGUGAAAUAUGUAGUCAAAAGAAAAAGUCUUUGCCUUUCAGAUUUUUUUUUACUGCCAAUUUGAAAGUGCCAUUCAAAUGUGGUGCUACAUGGAAAAGAUAAACAGCAUCGUGCCUGGCUGUGUGUGUGCAUCAGGCAAAAAGGGAUUCUCUCCUGACAUGAAAACUACUGCAACUUGGUGUCAAAUAAAUGAAAAAGUGUCCUUCUGUUCCUUCAAACAGUGAGCUGGACCUGCUCAGAGACAUGUGUAUUCAUGCAUCUGUUGUUUGAAAAUUAAGACACAGCCUGAAUUAAAAAAACAAAACAAAAAAACCCCAAGAGGGACGCUAAAGAACUGAGACCUGUGUUCAUCCAUUCGGGAGUGUUGUGGCUGUUCGGAUGCUGAACACAAGUGGACAAUCAUACUGUGUGUUCACAGCAGUGGAUCAACAGACUAUCUUGGAAAUACCAUCACUUAGUCUUCUGCUUUUGACUGUGUUUUCUCCCUUUACGAUCAACUUCCUCUCACUAUCUUAGUGGAAAUUUAUUGUUUUUCAUUUUUGUAAUAUCUUGUGUUAAUUUAUUAUUUUCCCUACCUCAGUUGUUUUGGACCUACAGUAUGAGGUGGGAGUGAACAUUUUUACGGGUCUCCGUGUACAAAAACACCUGGUGCUCCACAUAUUGAAGUCUUUUUUUCUUUAAUGCUCUGAGUAGCUCCUGGUCUCUGUGUGGAUUUGUCCUCUGUGGGCCUCGGGUUAUCAGACUGUCUGGCUGCUGACCUUGCAAAUAGGAAACACGUCCAGUAGCACAACCGAGGUAGCACUGGUCCUGGAGGACCCGAACAGACUUUAUUAUCUGCUCUGUGAAGUGCUAACUGCGGCAAAAAUAAGAAACACCCCUGCAGAUGCACACGACACAAACAGAAGACGCGCCUCACACGUUCUUGAGUGCCGCAUCGAGGGCAGAGAGCCAGAUCAUUAUCCAAACCAACCUUCAGUGUGUGUGGCUCAUACCUGCCAUUUAUCCUCGACGCAAAGCAUAAUAGGAGCGCUACUCGUUUCCCCCGGCCUUUUUUUCCUGCUUCACUCUGAUCUUUGAGGUUAGUAAGAGUGUCAGACUGACCAGCCUUACUGAGGAGUCCACCUCUUUCCCAGCUACUUCUCCAGGAAGCCAAUUUAAUUAGAGGUCUCGCAGCUCUCACCAGCUUUUCAGGCAAGAUUACUUGGGUGAAAGUAGGUCAUAACUGAGAGGGAUUUAUUAUUAACAUCCCAAUUUUCUUCCACCCACUAUUUGCUGCUAUACUUACAGACAGGAAUAAACUUCCUGUACCUGUGCACUGAUGUACAAAUCUGUUUAUGUGGCAGAUUGUGUGUGUGGGCAGCACAUACAUAUGCACAAACUGUGGACACACACAAAUAGACGAUUUCAGAGGAUGUUUCGGUUAUCCAUCUUGCCUGAUAGGUCCUGGCGUCCCUCACUGUGUUGAUUUAGUGUCUCUUUAAUGAAACAGAUUCAGCACUGCCAUGUUCCACUGAGACAAACGUACACGUACAUACACGUUGACGGGUGACAGCGACUCUUUAAAGUCAUUUAAAAAUCUCCUUUGUUUUUUUUGUCUGACACCUCUGAUUUAUAAUCCUUAAAAUGGCAAGCAUUCACAUCUGUUUAUGAACUUUUCCUGUACUGCUCCAAAAUGACGAGAGUUUCUUUUAACACAUAGAUGUCUUACCGUUCAAUUUUAAAAAAAAAACACAAUUCACAGUCUCUUAGUAUUACAGCUAAGCUUCGUUCAGUUAGGCAAUAUCACUCGGUUUUGUUAAAAAAAAAAUGAUAUAUUGGUGAUUUAGUGCACUUUUCCUUAUAAAAGACCCAGAGACAUAGAGUAUGUAGUUGAGUUAAGUGAUGCUGGGAUCAUAAAACAGUGUUCACGUUCAAAAGCGUGCUGAGAGUAUGAAGUGCUUUCAGCAGGCUUUCUAUCAACUCUGCUCUGAUGCUUGAGUAUGUUCUGCUGCUGUUUCAUGUGUCCAACAUGAGUUUGAAGCUGCUUACACUCCAAAAACAGUGACAUGCAGAAGUUUGAGCACCCCCUUUAAAAAUGUCUGUUAGUGCCAGUGGCUUGGCAAGUAAUGUUUGUAAAAAUUUUAUUUUAGCGUUUUUUUGCAAAAAAGGUUUCCUAGCCACUGGCUUAAACAUAAGACCAAAGCUCGAUUUAUUGACUUAAGUAUUUAUUUUUUUAUCCAACCAACUGAGCACUCAAAGCGCUUUCUACAAGUCUCAUUCAGAAAAUUCACAGAGUCACACUCCAGUGGAACAUUGUGGAUAACUUCAGUAUCUUGGCCAGGGCUUUCCCGGCACGUGGACUGAAGGAGUCAGGGAUCGAGCCACUGACUUUCUGAUUGGCAGACAUCCCACUUUACCACCUGAACUCCAGUCUCCCCAGACGUCUUUGUACACUGUGACCGCAAACUUCUGUUCUGACUUCAUCAGUCCACCAGACUUCUUUUUAGGACUUCUAGACCUCAACUUAACCAUCCAUCAUUCCUUUUAACCACCAUCUCUUAUUUAUGUUUACUAACUGACCGCCUCCUCAAAAACACUUUCCUAUCUUCUUAUAGCUGUUGCUGUGUGGGCAUCAAUUAUUUACAUUUUUAGAGUGCUAGCCAGCUGCUGAAGGAGGACAGCGACUGCUCUAGUGUUGGAGCAUGAGUAUUUGCAAAGGCUUUAAUAAUUUGCAUCAUCAUCAAGCCAUGGCCCAAACGACAGAACUAAGGUCUGAGAUCUCAGAUCUCUUGGGAUGCUCAAACCUUUGCGUGCCACUGUAUUGGGGUUUUGGAGUUCUUUUUUUUUAGGUGGGGAGGUUGUAAUGAAUGCAAACAUUUUUAUGGUGUCAGUAUGAUGAAGCAUUCUUGGGUGUUAUUUUUGCUAUGAUUAGAAACUCAGGUAAAGGUUGAAGGAUAAUAUUAGUUAUAACUUGACCCUGUGAAUUUAGCUAGCUUUUUGAAUCAAACAAAUGCCUUGUUUGACAGGUUUUUUUUACUUUGAGAAAAAUGGUACUGUCAGUCUUUAAAAUAGCCAUUUUCAUGUUUUGAUUUUGCAUCUGAUUCCCUUUACUUGUUAUCUUUGUACUGUGCUUUUGUGUACAGAGUGUACACAGUUAAGAUAGCAUCUUCCCAAUUUGGCCAAAGAAGAAGAUGUGCACUGAAUUUUGACCAUAAAUAUGUACAAAAUAGGGUAUUUGUAUAGUAGUUUGAAUAUAAAACUGGACUGAGUGUUGAAAAAUGUGAUCAGUGGGGUAAUUAAACUCCCAAACUAACAAGUUGUAUACUUUGACUCCACCGUACACUAUGUAUUUAUCUGUGCCAAUUAGCCAAACUGACCCUACUCACCAGGUUGGUGGUAUGUUUCACAUGGUAAUAAUGCUGAGAAAAGAUUUAGCUCUUUUUUCAAAACAUCUCCAUAUUUCUAUUUAAUGCUAGGAUCUUGUAGUUCUGUAGCUUUAGGCACUCUCUGUGGUGCCCUGUGCUUGUACAUUUUCUGAACGAUGCAGAUGGUGCUGAUCAGAAGUCCAGAAACACCCUUGGGGGGUGGGGGGGUAAUUUAAAAGAUGUACACCUGAAUCAAAAUCUCCUAAAUGUCUGAAUUUGGACUUGUUGACUGUUAAUGCGUCACGCAAAAGAUGCAAUACAAAAAUGAUGACUCUGCAUAAAAUCUACUCAGAGAGUUAUUAUAAACAUGCAGAAGCAAUAAACUAUCAUCUGACCUUGGAUCAGCCCAACCUUGAGUUGCCCCAAACUCUGAGACUUGUACUUCAGCAUCACUUCAUUACUUGACGAUGUGUAAAUAGUUGUGCCAAUUCCUUUUCACGUAUUACAGAGGAGAUGCCGUUGAGAUUAAGCGUCGCUCCUUUCUCAUAGGCUGACUUCAGCUGAAUCUCUGAUAGCUAAAUGUAUUCAUACUUAUAAAAUGAACACAAGGCUGUUUUGCAGCUAUGUAAUUCAGCCAUGUUUUAGACUCAGUUUACAAAGAAAAGCUCCAGCCAUGAAAAACAUACUGAAAAGAGGACAUCCAUUUAGAUCUGUAGUAGGGGUAGAAAUGAGUAAUAAUAAUGUUUCUGCUGAUAUAUUAUGUAAGAUAAUAAUUCAGUCACAAAAAAGACAGAUCCCUGUUGUCCCUUUUUUUUUUUAUAAUCAUGGGAAGAAGAAAUUGUAGAUUUUUAUAGCUCCACCUGAUAUGUUGCUUAAUCUGUAAAACCCAUUAAUCUGUAAUCAAUAGGAAUCUUCCUAAAGACUAAUUUUGCUAGUAAGUUAGAUGAGAUAAAAUAAUAACAUUGGCCAGACAUAUUUUGUGUGGAGCUAUAUGAAAUGUUUAAUUGUUAUCAGUUAGUAGUUUAAAUUUACUUAUCUGUAUAGCACUUUCUGCCAUGUAUAAUGUUGCAAAAACAAAAAGUAUUUUGCAGUGGUGGCUAACCUUUGGCUAACCUUAGCAGGGCUAGCUACAGUAGCGUUGGGCUCUUGCUAGCGUCCACAUCCCGGUGCACAAUAUGGUUGCACAUCACGUCAGAUGCCUGGUUACAUUCCAGUUUAUCCUGACAAAGCUGACAUACAGUCUCUCUUAACUUAGUUUUUUAAAAUUCUGCACAACAGCACUGGCUAGCAUGGUUAGCAUCAGAUGCCACGGUGGCGCAGCAAGUUCUUUGAACCAGUUAUUGCCGUUGUACAUUAAGAAAAAAAAGGACAAUAUAUUUAACUGACUAGCAUUUCUAGCACUGAUUAGCAGUCGACUAGUUGCACAUCUUGUUAAACAUUAAAUAUCCAAAAGCAGUACCCCCAGUGUUAGUUAAAAAAGCAAAGCUGCAAACAACAAAACAAGCGCUCGCACAACCAUUUGCUGAGCCCCAGUACAAGUUAGUGUUGGUACAUGUUCACAGUUUAUAUUGAUAGCUGUGGAAAUCCACAGCUUUAUAUGAGGACAUACUUGGACAGGCGUCACAGUGGUUUGAUUUAUUUUUAUCUAUUCUUGCAAGGUCAUUUUCUUUUGCUGCAGAAAAUGUAACAAAAACCCAGUGAGCAAAUCUGAUGCUCUUUAAAACGGGUUUCAGUGCUCAUUUCCCUCCAAACCAAAUAAAGAUGAGGGCAGAGCUGCUUUUGUUACUCUUUGCUCUCAUUGCUGUAGUUGUUCCAGUUCUGAACAGGUAUUUUUGUAAUGUAGCCCUACACAAUGUGAAAUAAUGCUAGGGUACUUCUGUAGGCGGUAAACUGCUUACUUGCUACUGUCAUUUACUUCUGUAAAGGAUAAAAUAGACAGUGCUACUAUUAUUAUCUCUUUACACAGGAUAUUGAUCACAGUAGAGGCCCGUUCACAAUGUUUUAGCAUGUUUACAAAUCCAAAUUCGCUUUUUCUUAUUACAUUUUUGAAACUAUGACUUGGUCUAUUGCUGUUUUGGUGGUGGGGCUUAGCAAAUGGUGAAUUGACUGAAUACAAAAUAUAAAUCUAUUAGUUUUCACAGGCAAGAAAAUUCAACAUAGGACUACAGAACAGAUUGGAGAGUCAAGCUGCCAGUCAGACCAAUCGUGUGAUUACCACCUUUAGCCCUUUGUUUCCAGCCCAGCCGUCUUAUGACUGUAUGGGGGGGGGAAAAAACCUAAGUAGUCAGUCUCUCAGCAUUAGCCUCAUGCCUCAGCCAACAGGCCUUACUGCCUUAUCAAACAGAAGGUGCACGUAGGACAUUGAUAAUCAUUCGCCAAAUAUCCUGAAUCUCUGAUGACUGUAGAUUGUCCUACAGAUUGUGGAAUUCUGUUCUUAGUGAGUCACCGUCUCUGCUCGCUUUAUCAUUAUGGCUGAAAAAGACUUUCAACUUUGCCUCAGGCUGCUGAGAGGAUAGGAUCGUGUCUAGGCACAAUCAAGAGGGCACUUUACGGCUCUGCUGCUUGUCAGUGAAUCUCUAUCACACACCAACACACGUCUCCUCUGCAGCUGCUCGAGUGCUUUUUUUCUCCAGGUGUGUGUAGCAUGGUAACACAAUAUGUGGCAGUGUCUGUGAAAAAUGUACUUAUGGGACAUUCAUGCAGGGUCAAAGGUCAUGUGUGCCUUUUAUUGCACAGACUACUCCCUCUUAAAUGACUGUAAAUAUCUGUACUUUUUUUUUAUAUAUGAUAAUGUGCAUGCAACCAACCCAUGUAAAAUAGGUUUGAACUGUAAAUAAUGUAAAUAAAUAUUUAAAGAAGGAUCCAGUGUUUCCUCAAGACAAUAAAUCAGUUCAAAGCAA